UGAAGUAGUGCGUCAGUGUGAGUCUGUCAGUUAGUGAAUUUGUUUUUAGAAAUCUAAUGCAAUUAGAAAAUUACUGUGCAUUUAUUGGUUGUGCAAAGUCCUUUAGUAUCCUGGUGAGUACUAAGACUGUGUAAAAUCGUCAAAAGCAAUCAUGAUGGAAGGCAGCUUUGGGGGCUACAGCUCCAAUUCCUACCAGUUUAAUGGAGUUGGUUCAGAUCGAUCAAAUGACUUCAGGAAAAUUGCUCAGAAGAUUGGAACAAACAUACAAAAGAUUUCUUCUAACGUGUCUUCCAUGAAACGGAUGGUAAACCUUCUUGGGACACCCCAAGACUCGCAACAAAUGAAGAAUGAGUUGCACGAGGUCCAACACUACACCCAGAAUCUGGUGAAAGAUACAAACCUGAACUUGAAAGACUUAAAUAACAUUCCUUUGCCUGCACAUUCAAUAAAUGAGAGAGAAUUCAAAAUGCAGAAAGACAGACUACAUGAGGAGUUUGCUGCUGCUGCAAAUGCAUUCCAGGAUAUCCAAAGAUUCGAACUGCAGAAAGAAAAAGAAGAAGUUCGGAGGGUACGAGCUAACUCCAACAUAGCUCCACCGCCAUCCUCUAAAGAUAUUUUUGGAGAUGACGCAUUCUCCAACCAGCUGAUUGAGCUGCAGGACAGCAGACAAUCACAGACGCAGGCACAGCAGAAUCUCCAGGAUGACCUUGACUUGGAAAUGCUGCAGCAACAGGAGCAGUCCAUCCAGGUUUUGGAGAAAAACAUCUGUGAGGUGAACGACAUCUUUAAGGAGUUAGCUGUGAUGGUGCACGACCAAGGAGAGAUGGUGGACAAUAUUGAGGCAAGCUUGGAGAACACAACGGUCCAUGUGAGCAAGGCAACGAGCGAACUGCAGCAGGCAGCCCAAUACACUAACAAGCUACGCAAGAAGAGAUGCAUCCUUUUACUCUGUGGAUCUGCUAUCUUAGUGAUUCUUCUUCUUCUUAUCUACUAUUCCAACUAGAAUAUUCUCUGCAAUAUUGAAGAGCAAUGUAUUUUAAAUCGCUACUUAUUAAAUAUCUGUAAAAUCACUUUAUCAUAUUUGUAUAUUACUGUAAAUAUUGUUUAACCACAUAAUAAAGCAAUCUAUAAGUUU